GCGCAGAUGAUGCGGUCAGCAAUUAGCAGGUAGUCCCCGGUCAGGCUUACUGAAGGGGCGUCAGGUGGUACAUCGCAUAUCAUGGGGAUUAGUUGAUUGUCAUUUGGGCACAGCUAGAUGACCUUGCACGACGUUUGCUUAUCCACUGGUAUACUUUGGAGGGCGUGUUACACUGAUGCAUGGAGUUUUCAGAAGGAUAUCAGCAUGGGCAGGGCAUGGAUAGGUUCGGUACUAAGUUCAUUUGCAAAUGCACUGUUUCAAACCCUUCUUUGUGUCCGUUGUGAUGCACAGCGGAGCGUUGGUUCGUUUUGGAUCAACCGUACUUGAGUAUCUCGGCACAUCAUCAAUAUUGCUAGCAAUGCCACGAGGAAUAGUUUAGCGGUGUUAAAUCUAUAUUCACUCUUAGAAAAUGGGUCACGACAUACUUAAUCUGAGAAAGAGUAACUCUCGAUCAGAGCUGCCAGAAAGACGUGGUCCUUGCAAUGACGAGGCAGCUACAUGUUGCAUGACCUACAAAAAGUCAACAGUACAUCGAGAACGACUCAUGUGCGUCAACAAAGAAUGCUACUGCAGUAUCGACACCUGUAAGAGGACGAAAAAGAUAAUCCAUGCCCUGCCAGGUAACCGAGAGAACAUAUCAAAGCGUGGAUCGAUACGACUUACUGCGCUUACUCGCAGCUACGCCCCGUUCCCAUUCCACCGUUACCCCACAUCUUCCCUCUCAGCCCAAUGGCCAGGACCCCACGGCAGAGGCGUCUUCCACCGCAGCAGGAGUGGGUCUUAUAUUCAGCUCAAGAUGCUGACAGUGGGCUGGUGCUGCCACAAACCAAAUCAAGCCAAGCCAAGUCAUGAAACAACACCAACAACGCGAGGAGAAAGACCGGGAGGAGAAGACCCCACAUCCCAGACCAUCUGGUACGCAAAACCUGACACGAAACCGCCCAUCACAAUCAGUCAGAAACUGCUGUUCUAUCCGCCGUCCGUAUCGUCAUCACAUAAUGUGUGGUUUCUCUUCCAUGAUCUACACCACUUCCACACAUUCAGAGCGGCAUACCAGUGUUCAUCACAAGGACCCAGGAAAUUACAUCUGCACGAACUGCACGGGUCCCCAGACUACCGAACGCGCACGUUCUUCCAUGGGGGCAUGUAAAUGUCGUCAAGCCACCCGUCUUGGGAGGAAGGAUGUCGUCUGACAUCAGCACUAGCGUUUACUUGUAGCCGACGGGGGACAUCGCGAGAGGCAACCUCGCUAGGUGUCGCAAGAACUGUUUAUUUUAGAAGGGUUCAUGUAGUGUGUGUUAUUGAGGGUUGUUUGGACGGCUCCUUUCAUUGUGGAACAAACAAGGUAUUGCAUAGUCAAUUGCGGCAUAGUUAUGGG